AUGGCUGGAACUACUUACAGCAGGGUUAAACAAAAGUUGGCGGAAGACACGAUUGAUGGGGGCAGAAGGCGGGAAGCAAGGGGGGCAAUGACUAGUGUCAAGAGACAUGCGGCCGCUGUGGCUAUCCUCGUCGCCUUUGGGCUUCUUCCUCUCGCGGUGUAUUUCAGCCUUGUGCAUCACCCGUUUACGCCCAGGCAAGUAGUGUGCGGAUCUCGGCAGGUCGGGGUACAGGCGUGGCAGGACUACGGCGCGAAAGCUAGCGGCGCCCAGAGCAUUUUCACCAUCGACCGUGUGUCGUCACAAUCCUUCCCCUUCUGGCUAGCCAAGCUUGUCGACACCAUCUGGGACUUGUUCGUCGCUCGCGGCAUGCAAUUCGUCGCCAGCGCUCUCAGCUACGUCGUCCUUUCCAACGCCCUCCUCGCCACCAUCCGCUCGUCGCCCGUGCCCUACCGCACCUUCUCGGGCAUCUCCAUCAACGGCGCUUCUGCCGUCACUGUCGUCGCCUUAGUCCGCGACCUGCGCCGCCAUUCGCGUCGCCGAGCUGUGUUUCUCUCCGUCUACAGCGCUCUUGCCAUCGUCUACGUCUUGGCCUUGCCGACUCUCCUCUCCACCAUGGCCGGCUACGUCAGCACCGCCUCCGCCUACGUGCAGGUUCCUGAAACGAGCCAAUAUGUCCCCAAUAGCGCCUUCGUGCCCGGCUUCUCCUACGACGGUCUUCCCGGCGUGGAUAAUGGAACUUGCAUGUCAUACAAGGACGCCGCCGCCAUCGACCAGCGCGCCGAAGCACAGCUGUACACAUGCAACUCGACUUGCUGGACAACCGACCCAAAUGCUGAGACUUACGACACCGGCUACCCGCUUUACAGAAAUGGCAAUCACUCCAUCAAAGGCUGCACCUUUUUCCGCAAUGAGACGUACGCCGUAGCCGACGUGACGUUUGACGCAUUCGGCUUCUCCCGGAACGCGACAACAGAAAGGACGACCUACAACUGCAACGACACCGUCACCAUCUCCAUCGCCGGCAAACCCUACCCCUACCUCAGCUCCAUCGCGUACUCGACCAGGCAGAUACUCGGCGGGUACAUGUCGGGCACCUACUGCUACGCCGGCCGUGCAUACGACGAGCUACAGAUCGACGCCAACACGACGUGUCUACCCGGCGUCGGCGUCGGCGUCGGCGGCGGCGAUGAGGCGGGCUAUCGGUGGGGGUUUUCGAGCACGUUGAGCUCGAUCGUGCUGAUUGUGCAUGUCGUUUGGUGCUUGGGCAUGUAUGCGGUGUGGGUGGUUGCUGCGGCGGCGGCGGGGAGGGGUGGUGGUGGUGAGAGGGAGGGUGAGUUGGAUCAGUUGAGGGCGGUUUUUGCGGUGACGGCGGCGGCGGCGGAAGCGACGGGGUUGAGUGCGGUGGAGCUGGUUCGGGCGCCGAGGGGGGUGGUGGAGGAGGUGUUGGAUGGGAGGAGUGGUGGUGGUGGACGUGGUGGUGGUGCGAUGGUCGGGGCUGAACUGUUUGUGGGGGAGAAGGGAGGAGAGAGUCGUGGCAAGGGAGUGUGA